GGAUAUGGACUACGCGAUUCCUACUUCAAAUCCUUUAAAAAACUAACCGUUCAAAUAAACAAACAGGAAAUGAGGUGACGGCUAAUCACUCUCCUUUUCUAAUGCUUCUGUUAGCUAUCAAUGUUCUUUAUACUUUCGUACUUCGGCUGCUGAUUAGAAACAAAGGGCUUGGCCGCCAUCAGUCGCUAUCUUUUUCUUUCAGCCGAUCAUUUUUUCUAUGUCUAUCCGUAGCCCAUACUAUACGUCGAUGCUAUUGACUAAUAAACUCUAUCAAACGAUUGGAGUAAAAAAAAGUUUAAAAUAUAAAAGUUGGCCGACCAACUUUACACAGGUACCUUUACGAGAAAGUUUUUGCAAAUCGGUGCAGUGCAUCAUUUAUGAAACACCUUUAUAUGGCAUAUACAUACAUAUACACUGAUAGUCGAUUAAAAAGCUGCGCGUGAGCACAUGUCAUCAUUUUAUAUAAUACCAUCGUUAGAGCGUUUAUCGUACUUCUUUCGAUGACUAUAUGUUAUGGAAAGAUGCAGUGGUGAAUACAGAGAAAUGCUUUCAGUUAUUAACUGACGUUUUUGUUUCUGUUAAGUGCCUUUGAAACUAAUUUAUUUAUGUGAUAAAGGAACAGUAAUAAUGAUGCAAGACGGAGUUAGACUACGCCAACAUUCAGUCAGGCGAUCUUCUUAUGAUAUUCUGUAUACAAAUAAGGCCUUUUCAAAGAAGAAGUACAUCAAACAAAAUGAUACACAACAUUUAUUUUUUGUGGUCACCUAUUUUCUUGCCAUAUCAUUAAUAGUUAUUGUGCUGGAAAAAAAUUUACCAACGCCUCAUUUUAUUAAUACAGAAGCCUCGUUUCCAGGAAGAUUUGUUGCAGAAAGAGCUCGAGAUCAUGUAGUUAAUUUAACAUCUAUUGGUCCUCGAAUAACAGGAAGUUAUGAAAAUGAGAUAUUGGCUGUGAAGUUCCUUACGACAGUGAUAAAUGAUAUUAUUAAAGAUGCUAGCAGAGAUUACAAAAUUGUUAUGGAUAUUACAAAACAUAGUGGUGCAUUUCCUUUAACGUUUCUGGAUGGAAUGACAAACAUUUAUAGAAACGUUCAGAAUGUUAUUGUUAAACUUAGUCCAUAUAGGCCUUCGAAGCAUAGUUUGCUUUUAAACUGUCAUUUUGAUACGUUUCCAGAAAGCCCUGGUGGUUCUGAUGAUGGAGCUGGUUGUGCAGUGAUGUUGGAAGUAUUACGUGUAAUGUCUCAGGAUGCUAAAUUUCUUAAACAUAAUAUUAUAUUUUUAUUUAAUGGAGCAGAAGAGAAUUUAAUGCAGGCAUCUCAUGGAUUUAUAACUCAGCAUUCUUGGGCAAAAGAAGUUCGAGCUUUUAUAAAUCUGGAAGCUUGUGGUGCUGGAGGUCGCGAAUUGUUGUUCCAAGCUGGACCAGGAAAUGCUUGGAUUUUAGAAAUUUAUUCACGAACUGUGCCAUAUCCGUAUGCAUCAUCCUUGGCUCAAGAAAUAUUUCAAAGUGGCAUUGUUCCGGGGGAUACGGAUUUUCGUAUCUUCAGAGAUUUUGGCAAAAUAUCUGGGCAAUAUUUACUAGAAAAUUGUCUCCGUGAAGCUUGAGUAUGGGACUGAUUCUCCUAAGUGUCACAGAUCGAAGGCGAUUAUCAUAUCAAGUCUAGCUGAACUAUAGAUUUUCAUGUACAGCUGAUCUCGCAGAAAUGCUGUUCUGAAAUAUAUGAAAAAUAUAAAAAUAAGAAAUUUUGUAUACUUCAUUUAGUUGUAUCCAUUACCUGACCUGGAUUCCUUCUAUAGCUC